GGAAGCUCCUAAUCUGUCGUCGCCAACUCUUUCUCAGGCAAAGUAGAGUCAAGAUGAGCAAAGGCAGCACAAGCGUCGUCAAGGGAGGGAAGAAGAAGGGAGCAAGUUUCGUGAUCGACUGCUCCAAGCCGGUCGAAGACAAGAUCAUGGAUAUUGCCUCACUCGAGAAGUUCCUCCAGGAGUGCAUCAAGGUCGGCGGCAAGGCCGGAGCCCUCGGCGACUCCGUCACCGUCACUCGUGGGAAGACGAAGAUCACUGUCACAUGUGAUACCAAUUUUUCCAAGAGGUAUUUGAAAUACUUGACAAAGAAGUACCUGAAGAAGAACAAUGUGGGUGACUGGUUUCGUGUCAUUUCUUCAAACAAGGAUAAGAAUGUCUAUGAGUUGAGGUAUUUCAACAUCGCCAAGAAUGAAGCUGAGGAUGAUGAUUAAGUGUGCUAAUCCCUACUUUCUUCCAUACCUUUUGGAUUUUGAACCUUGUACUUUUGAACACUUUGAUAUUGUUAUUGUAGUACUUGUUUUAAACAUCUUCCAAUCAAUGAAUCACGUAUUU